AUGGAUCCUACAAGGGCUCCUGAUUUCGAGCCUCCUUCAGAAAAUGGGACCCCAAAUCCUCCGUUAGCCCCGCAAUCGACAAUUCCAAAGAGUGGUCCUAUUAUGCCUUAUGUUUUAGCCGACUACAACGCAUCAAUAGAUGCUCCCAUCCAUCCUCGAACCUACAAAAAACACUCCAAAGUGGGUCGUAUGGUUUCAACAGCGCACCACAGCACGAUACCUUUAAAGCAGCCAGAACUACAACCGGCGUCGCAUGAGACCUCGGAGGAAGAAGAUGCAAACGAUCAUGAAGACCAUGCCUACGAUAAUGACAACGAAAGCGUGCAUACUCGGAUGGAACGUCCUUCCCCAAGCCCCGCUCCAAGUCAAUCACAAAUAUACACUUCUCAAUACAGUCGUGCUGAUCUCGCCCGCCAAUUUACCGAUCAAAUGAAUUUCGUCAACCCGGACGAUGAGAAAGUAGAACAUAUCGGAUCCCGAAUUCACAAAUACCAGAUCGCAGAUCUUGAGGAAGUGCCACAUGGUAUUGUCCGCCAAGCCGCUUCUCUAGACCAGUACAGCUUUCCAGCCCACCGCCUGCAGAAAGAGUUGAGAAAUCCGAACAAACUGCCUCUAAUUGUAGUUGCGUGUGGAUCUUUUUCACCCAUUACCUACUUGCACUUACGAAUGUUUGAAAUGGCUCUGGACGCGAUUUCUGAACAGACCAGGUUUGAGGUAGUCGGGGGCUACUACUCGCCUGUGAGUGACAAUUAUCAAAAACCGGGGCUAGCUCCUGCCCGUCAUAGAGUACGUAUGUGUGAAUUGGCCUGCGAACGUACCUCAUCUUGGUUGAUGGUUGAUGCCUGGGAAUCGCUACAGCCAACAUAUACCAGGACAGCUAAGGUUUUGGAUCAUUUCAACGACGAGACAAAUGUCAAGAGGGGUGGUAUUGCCACUGCUUCAGGUGUUCACGUCGGUGUCAAAAUCAUGCUCUUAGCCGGUGGUGACCUCAUAGAGAGUAUGGGCGAGCCAAAUGUUUGGGCAGACUCAGACUUACAUCAUAUUCUCGGUAAUUACGGAUGUCUCACCGUAGAAAGAACGGGAUCCGAUGUUAGGUCUUUCUUGUUGUCACACGAUAUCAUGUAUGAACACAGGCGGAACGUUCUGGUGAUUAAACAGCUCAUCUACAAUGAUAUUUCAUCGACCAAAGUGCGUCUUUUCAUCCGCCGUGGCAUGUCUGUUCAGUAUCUGUUACCCAACAGUGUCAUUCGCUACAUUCAAGAACAUGGUUUAUAUGUCAACCAGACAGAACCUGUCAAACAAGUAAUGGGUAAUAAGGAGUAG